UACGUAGCUACGUUGUGUUAAACGCCACAACUCUUAUCAUUGAAACUGAUUACGAACCGGUGGCAAUUGUGAGUACUGAGUAGGGAAUCGCUGGUCAAAGGUUCAUACUUUGAUAUUGUGCCGGUAUGGAAUUCGACUAUGUUCAUUUCAUUCGUAUUCAUCCUUAAAAUACGUUGUUUUUAUGAAAGAACCCAUACGUCACAGUUGGAAAAUUCGGAAUCAUUUUAAAAAUAUAUUUUAAAAUGGAUAGCAACAAUAGAUCCGAAGAAGCUGUUCCUAUGAUCCCACUGAACGUUGAUAAACCCAAUGAAAAUGGCGAAAGUGAAACAAACGAAGGAAUUAAAACGGCCCCAGCAUCACCAACUCCAUCUGAAAAAUCUGUCACCGAGGCAAAUUCAGAAAAACUUUCGGAUACAGUUGCAAUCGAUGUUGUAGGCGAUCAAUACCCAGUGGAACAGAAGAAAGUCCCUUACGAACAUAGUCUCAGUCUGACCUCGGAUUUUAAUUCCAUGUUACCAGGUCCCAUGCAAAUUCCAAUGAUGGAUAUAACCAACGGUGGGACAGGAAAUGAUCAAAAAGGCGAUGGAACGAAAAAAUCAACCGAUGCACCAGAUGGGUUCAAUCAAUACAGAAAUCAAAAAUCAUUUUCACAAGGAAUGUUGGAUAUCGCAUUGUUUACCAGUAAUGUUAACCAGUUGAGAGCAGUUACCAUGCGUGCACCUCAAUCGAUGAAUUUCACUUUUAUUUUCAUUAUCAUCUUGUUGGUUUUAAGUAUAGUUUUCCAGAUCGGGGUAGGAUUGAUACUGCUAUUGAGUGCGAGAUACAAUGUCAACAAAGAAGAGGAGAGGAAAGCAGUUUACAAAAUGGGUAAUUACGUAGUAGCUGGUGUUUUUCUUAUCACUGUUUUAAAUCUAUUUAUAGCAGUAUUUUACGAUUACGAAACUCCUCCUCCGAAAUAAUUUGGUAGGCAACGGACAAAUUAACUGUGAAGAUUUUCAUCGCAGUAGGGUACAAUAAGUAUUACAUGCUCGUAGAAUGAUAUACGUAGGUAUCUAGCAAUAAAUUACAAAAAUUUGUUUCAUUCAAUAACUUGGCUGUUGAACUGAAUUCUUGACUCAUAGAGUACAACUUUUUGUAAAAAAAUCAUUUUAUUAAAUUUUCUAAAUUAAUUUUUCAUUUGAUAUUUUUAUACAACUAUAAACUUAUUUUUAAUCGAAUAAAAUUAUAAUUACCUGUUAUUUUAAAAUGAUUGGAUCUGAUAUGAUCUGAGCAAAUGGACAUUCCAUGGAUUCAAUUUUUAAUCGAAUAAAAACUAAUUUCUGAUCACUGAUCAAGUCAAAUGAAUCAGAUCCAAUCAUUUUCUGCUAAAUUUGGGAGGCUAAAAAAUUUGUAAAUAUUUAAUUUCUCCAUUUGGGGGUGAUUUCGUUGAUUUUGUGAUUAGUGAUUACAUACCUACGUCCUCAGUUUUCUUAAUAAGUACUUAGUUUUUCUUUCGAACAAUUGAUUUAGGUAUUAUUAUUGCUAUUCUGAUAAUAUAAUACAUUUUUCUACAUUCUU